UAUNACUGGCUUAUUUACUUCAGUAACCUUGACAUUGCCCUGGUUUACUGCUGUUACUUAUUUGAGAUUGUUUCACCAUGGCAGGAUGAAGAUGACUACUCUACCACUAUUAUGCACCCAUCAAGAAACAGUUACACAGCUCCAACUGCAUUAUUGAAUGACAUAGCAAAGUCAGCAGAGCAUGUGGACCCAUUCGCACAACACAAGCAGCCAACAAUUGCUGAGCGGGAAGAUGAGUACAGAGCAAGAAGAAGAAUGAUGGUGAUUUCACCCCCCAGACAUGAUCCUUUUGCAGAUGGUGGAAAAACACCUGAUCCAUCUUCAUUAAAAAAUGUUAGGACCUAUAAGGACAUUAUGCAAGAACAGGAUCUUCAUAGAGAUCAGGCAGAAAUUUUUCGUCAUCUCAGGGACCAAGCAGCAUCAGGGGAAUUACAGAAGGUUCAACCUGCAGCAAAGCCAGAGAGAAAGCGCCGUCGAUGGGACCAGCAGGCUUCUGGGGAUGACACACCAGCCAAGAAGAAGUCUAGUUGGGAUCAGGCUGAGAUGGCCACUCCUUCUGCCAGUCGAUGGGAUGAGACACCUGGGCGUCCAAAAGGUUCAGAGACUCCUGGAGUCACUCCUCACAGACCUGGUUCAGAGACUCCUGGGGCAACCCCAAGUACAAGGAUAUGGGAGUCCACACCCAGCCAUGUGACCCCUGGACAUGCCACGCCCAGUGCUACACCAGGCGGUAAUACCACACCAGGCAUUUCAUCAACAAGACGGAAUCGCUGGGAUGAGACACCAAAGACUGAGAGAGGUGAGACCCCAGGGCAUGCCACCCCAGGCUGGGCAGAGACUCCCAGAACCGACCGUACUGGUGCAGAAACACCAGGAGCCACACCCACUCCAGGUAGUAAGCGACGAUCCAGAUGGGAUGAGACACCUGCCAGUCAAAUGGGUGGCACAACUCCAAUGAUUGGCACCAGCGGAGUAACCCCUGCUGGGCCUGCUGCUAUGCAGAUGCAGACACCCACACCAGGGCACAUGGCCAUGACACCAGAACAGAUGCAGGCGUAUCGUUGGGAGAGGGAAAUUGAUGAAAGAAACAGAUACCUCUCUGAUGAUGAGCUGGAUUCGUUUUUCCCCAAAGAAGGAUACAAGAUUCUUGAGCCACCUCCUGGUUAUCAGCCCAUCAGAACUCCUUCCCGCAAGCUGACAGCAACACCAACGCCUAUAGGAGGCAGUGGCUUCUUCAUCCAGCAAGAAGACAGAUCAGCCAAACUCGUUGAAGAUCAACCUCCCGGUAAUUUACCAUAUUUAAAACCUGAUGAUGUACAGUACUUUGACAAGCUAUUGGUUGAUGUUGAUGAGAGCACAUUAAGCCCUGAAGAGCUGAAGGAGAGAAAGAUCAUGAAACUCCUUUUGAAGAUAAAAAAUGGCACACCCCCCAUGAGAAAAGCUGCCCUGCGUCAGAUCACAGACAAAGCUCGUGAGUUUGGAGCAGGACCAUUGUUUAAUCAGAUCCUUCCUCUUCUUAUGUCACCCACUCUUGAAGAUCAGGAACGUCAUUUGUUGGUAAAAGUCAUCGACAGAAUCUUGUACAAACUGGAUGAUCUUGUUCGGCCAUUUGUUCACAAGAUCCUUGUGGUUAUUGAGCCUCUGUUGAUUGAUGAAGAUUACUAUGCAAGAGUUGAAGGACGUGAAAUUAUUUCCAACUUGGCCAAGGCUGCUGGUUUGGCAACAAUGAUCUCAACCAUGAGGCCUGACAUUGACAACAUUGAUGAGUAUGUCCGUAACACUACAGCAAGAGCCUUUGCUGUUGUAGCUUCUGCUCUGGGCAUUCCAUCCCUUCUGCCAUUCUUGAAGGCUGUCUGUCGCAGUAAGAAGUCGUGGCAAGCACGUCACACUGGUAUUAAAAUUGUUCAGCAGAUAGCUAUUUUGAUGGGAUGUGCUAUCUUACCUCACUUGAGGAACUUGGUUGAGAUUAUUGAACAUGGCUUAGUUGAUGAGCAGCAGAAGGUGCGAACUAUCACUGCUCUUGCCUUGGCAGCUCUUGCUGAGGCUGCUACACCCUAUGGUAUUGAGUCGUUUGAUAGUGUCUUGAAGCCAUUGUGGAAAGGUAUCAGGCAACACAGAGGAAAGGGUCUUGCUGCCUUUUUAAAGGCCAUUGGUUACCUCAUUCCCCUCAUGGAUGCUGAGUAUGCCAACUACUACACCAGGGAAGUGAUGUUGAUCUUGAUCCGUGAAUUUCAGAGUCCUGACGAAGAAAUGAAGAAGAUUGUGUUGAAGGUAGUGAAGCAGUGUUGUGGAACAGAUGGUGUAGAGCCUCAGUACAUUAAAGAUGAAAUUUUACCAGAUUUCUUCAAGCAUUUCUGGCAGCAUAGGAUGGCACUGGACAGAAGAAAUUACAGACAGCUUGUUGAUACAACCGUGGAAUUGGCAAACAAAGUGGGUGCAUCAGAGAUUAUCAACAGAAUAGUGGAUGAUCUGAAAGAUGAAAAUGAACAGUACAGAAAAAUGGUCAUGGAAACAAUUGAAAAGACCAUGGGAAACCUUGGUUCAUCUGACGUUGAUUCCCGCCUGGAGGAACAGCUUAUUGAUGGCAUCCUGUAUGCCUUCCAGGAACAGACACAGGAGGACAUUGUUAUGCUGAAUGGUUUUGGUACAGUGGUCAAUGCCCUGGGUAAGCGAGUGAAGCCAUAUUUACCACAGAUCUGUGGUACUAUCCUGUGGAGAUUGAACAACAAGUCAGCCAAGGUCAGACAGCAGGCUGCUGAUCUGAUAUCCAGGAUUGCACAGGUCAUGAUGACUUGUGGAGAGGAGAAGCUUAUGGGUCACUUGGGCGUGGUGUUGUAUGAGUACCUGGGAGAAGAGUACCCAGAAGUACUGGGCAGUAUCCUCGGAGCCCUUAAGGCAAUUGUUAAUGUUAUUGGAAUGAACAAAAUGACUCCACCCAUCAAAGAUUUGCUUCCAAGACUAACACCCAUUCUCAAGAACAGACAUGAGAAGGUACAGGAGAACUGCAUUGACCUUGUGGGUAGGAUCGCAGACAGAGGAGCUGAACAUGUCGGUGCUCGUGAGUGGAUGAGAAUUUGCUUUGAGCUACUUGAGCUGCUGAAAGCACACAAGAAAGCCAUCAGAAGAGCUACUGUCAACACGUUUGGUUACAUAGCCAAAGCUAUUGGUCCCCAGGACGUACUCGCCACUCUGCUUAACAACCUUAAAGUACAGGAGCGUCAAAACAGAGUUUGCACCACUGUGGCUAUUGCCAUCGUCGCCGAAACAUGUUCUCCCUUUACUGUUCUCCCUGCCCUCAUGAACGAGUACCGUGUACCCGAGCUGAACGUGCAGAAUGGUGUCCUGAAGUCUCUCUCGUUCUUGUUUGAAUACAUUGGAGAAAUGGGCAAAGAUUACAUCUACGCUGUCACGCCUCUGUUAGAGGACGCUCUCAUGGACAGGGAUUUGGUUCAUCGGCAGACAGCCUGUGCAGCUAUAAAACACAUGGCCCUGGGUGUGUCAGGGUUUGGCUGUGAAGACGCCCUCACUCACCUUAUCAACUAUGUGUGGCCCAACAUCUUUGAGACCUCACCUCAUGUUGUUAAUGCCGUUAUGGAGUCUAUUGAGGGAAUGAGAGUGGCUUUAGGUCCUUCUAAAGUACUCCAUUAUUGCUUACAGGGAAUGUUUCACCCGGCACGGAAAGUCCGAGAUGUCUACUGGAAGAUUUACAACAGCUUGUAUAUUGGAUCUCAGGAUGCGUUGGUUGCAGCAUACCCCACAGCACCCAGUGAUGAGAAGAACCAUUUCUCUCGAUCAGAACUGUCAUACUUCCUGUAACCCGAGUUGUAUGCGAUUAACGAAAGAACCUCACUGAUCUUCACCAAAUGCUGCCGCUCUUGUGCUCAAUAAUUUAAGUUUUUAAAGUAACUAAAGUAGAAAGCUUGCCAAGCCCAGGCCAGUUUGUAUAUAGCAGAAUGUUAAGUGUUUUUCAAGACCUUUGUGUUUUCCCUCGCCUUUUAACCCUGAUGUGAACACAGAUUCUCCUAACCGGUUUCUAAUCUUGCUUGUGGUAUAAGUUGAGAGAGUUUGACGAUGUCUCAAAAUAAUUUCCAAAUUAUGAUGAAUUGUUGUAUUCUUAUCACCUGUUUGCUUUCUUGGUAUUGAUAGUUGAAGGAGAAUUUCAAACCUGAUCACAUGGGUCAGGUGCUAAGAACUCAUCAGUCAAUGCAGUUUGCCCUUUAGUAAUAUCUUGAACUUCGUUUGAACUGUUGUACCCAGUCGCCUAACUGAUAACUAUAAAUAAAGAAGUGAAAAGUCUU